AGCUGCCUCUUCUUUCAGGUUGAUCAAGUUCGUCAGGACAUUCGGGAUUUUAAGCAGCAGAGCAGAGUGGAUAAGGUCAUUGUGCUGUGGACGGCCAACACGGAAUGCUUCUGCAACGUCAUUCAGGGGGUUAAUGACACAGCGCAGAACCUGCUCAAGUCUAUAAAGGUGGGCACAGGUGUCUCCCCAUCCACUCUAUUUGCAGUAGCCAGCAUUCUGGAAGGCUGCGCUUACGUCAACGGCUCCCCACAGAACACCUUUGUCCCAGGGCUCAUUGAGUUAGCUAUUCAGCAUGGUGUCUUCAUUGGCGGAGAUGACUUCAAGUCUGGACAAACCAAAAUCAAGUCUGUGCUGGUGGACUUCCUUGUGAGCGCGGGCUUGAAGCCAACAUCCAUUGUCAGCUACAAUCACCUUGGCAACAAUGAUGGGAUGAACCUCUCGGCACCACAGCAGUUUCGCUCUAAGGAGAUCUCCAAGAGCAACGUUGUUGAUGACAUGGUACAGAGCAACACAGUGCUGUAUGAGCCAGAUGAGAAGCCGGAUCACACGGUUGUGAUUAAGUAUGUGCCCAAUGUGAAGGACAGCAAAAGAGCCAUGGACGAGUACAUUUCAGAGAUCAUGAUGGGAGGGAGCAACACCAUUGUGAUGCACAAUACUUGUGAGGACUCUCUACUAGCUAGCCCAAUCAUUCUCGACCUGGUCAUCCUGACUGAGCUUUGUCAGAGGAUCACCUUCAAGACAGAGUCCGAGAUGGAGUUUCAGACUUUCCACAGUGUGCUCUCAAUACUCAGUUACCUGUGCAAAGCACCACUUGUCCCAGAAGGCACCCCUGUGGUGAAUGCCCUCUUCCGGCAGCGGGCGUGCAUUGAGAACAUCAUGAGGUGAGUUGCGUCCUGCUU